UGCAAAUAUGAACGUGAGGUUCCUGGGAAUGAUGCUGAUCGGGUUUUUCCUGUUUGAAAAUGUGGUGGAGGCAAAACAAACUGCCUGUGAUUGUGAUGAGGACAAGCUUCCUGCUUUUUGUCGAGGAAUUACCUGCCCAAAGUAUACAUUGGUGGAAAAAAAUAAAAAUUUUGAAUUGCGUACCUAUCAACCCACAAGCUGGGUGACAACUUCUUUAGAUAAAACUCAUGAAGGUUUUCUAAACAGUAUUUUUCACUUGACUAUGUACAUGAAUGGAAACAAUUCAGACGGAAUCCUAAUGGAGAUGGCUGUCCCUAUCUUAGUAAUUAUUCCAGUCGGUAAAUCACCUGUCAAUAGAACCAUGAUGUUCCUUCUGCCAACGGAAAUUGAGAAUCCCCCGGCACCCGCAGAUGCUGACAUUUCAUUUCAAAACUUUAAAGCAACAUCUGUUUACCUUAGGACUUUUACUGACUUCAGUGAUGGAUCUGCACAUGCGAAAAAACUGGCAGAAGUACUUAAUUCCCAGCACAAGGGUUUUGAUAGAUCAUUCUUCAUAUUAGCUAUCUAUCAUGAUCCAAUUCUCCUAAUUGGACGGCACUUUGAGGUGUGGUUUUUAGCAAACUAAGGAAACACAAUCAGAACGUUUGUUUCUUAUAAGCUGCUGAGACAAAACACGCUUGUGACAUCACUCUUAGGAUGCCCUGGUUACGCCUU